UAAAUAUGUUUAUGCUUCACAUGGUGUAAUUGACUUCAGCAAGAGCUCAGAGCUUCAUUUUACUUUUACUUUCACUCUUGUGAGGAGUGUGCCCAGCUUUUGUUUCACAUAUAAGAACCAGGAAAUCUUUUUGAAGACACGACAGUCGGCAAACAGACGCAGCUUCAGUGAGAAACUUUCAAGAGAGAGAAACGUGUAUGUUUUGGGAGUAAAAUGGCGGAGUCUAGGCUCAGAGAUCUGGAUCAAUACAGCUGCUCAAUAUGUCUAGAUCUAAUGAAGAAUCCAGUGACUAUACCCUGUGGACACAGUUACUGUAUGUUCUGCAUUAGCAGCUACUGGGAUAUGGAUAAGAGGAAUAACUGCCCUCAGUGCAGGCAGAACUUCGGUUCAAGGCCUGUUCUUAACAAAAACACAAUGCUUGCUGACAUAAUGGAGAAGAUGAAGGACACAAAGCCGCAGGCCGCUUCACUUGCUCAACCUGAAGCUGAAGCCGGAGACGUAGAAUGUGAUUUCUGCACUGGAAGAAAGGUCAGAGCUGUUAAAUCAUGUCUGGAGUGUCGAGCUUCCUACUGUGAAAUACAUCUCCAACCUCACUACGACUUUCCUGCCCUUAUGAGACACAAGCUGGUAAACGCUACUUUCAUGCCAACAUGUCAGAAACAUGACAAGCUCCUGGAAGUGUUCUGUCAAACUGACCAGAAGUGCAUCUGUGUGUUGUGUCUAAUGGAUGAUCAUAAAGGCCAUGACACUGUUUCCUGUGCAAAAGAACGGGAAAAAAAACAAUUAAAACUGGAGGCUGAUAAGAGCAAAUAUGAGGAGAAAUGCAAAGAAAAAGAGAAGGAGCUUUACAAGCUGCAAAAAGCCACUGCGUCUCAUGUGCAAUCUGCACUUCAGGCAGUGGAGGACACUGAGAAAGCCUUUACUGAGUCAGUCACUUUUAUUAAGAAAAGACAUUCUGAGGUCAUAGAGAGGAUCAUAGCUCAAGAGAAAGCUGACCUGGAUCGACUUGGAGAUCUUCGUGAACAGCUGGAGCUUGAGAUAGCUAUGCUGAGGGCAGAAGGAGAUGUCCUGGACAAGCUUUUACAGACAGAGGACAACAUCCACUUCCUUCAGAAUUUUGAGAACAUGCCCAAUCCGUCUGGAGUUCAGGAUAGUCCGAGUCAGUCACUGGAACUAGAUGGUUCUUUUGGGAAUGUGAGCAAAGCAGUUUCUGACUUUAAAGAGAGGCUGGAGGAGAUCUGCAAACAGGAAGCAGACAGCAUUUUAGAAAGUGUCUCAGAUUUAUCGAUAAAGAGCUCUCCAGACCAGAUCAAGAUUGGGGACAAAGUUUGCGUGAAAUCUUCAGUGAAAAUGCCAAAAUUUAACUGGGGCCCUCACGUCACGCACAAGAGCAUAGGCGAGGUCAAAGCUGUGCAUGGUGAAAGUCUUAUCGUCAGCUUUCCAGGGCAUGAAGACUGGAAGGGAGACCUCUCUGAGAUGGAGCUAGUGACUGGUGACAUCACUCCAGGAGCCUCAACUCAGAAGCGCAGUAUAAAAGUUGGAGACCGAGUCCGGGUGAAGCUUUCUGUUGACACUCCAAAACACAAAUGGGGAAGGAUUAGUCACCAGAGUGUGGGUGUUGUGAAAGCUUUUGAUGGGGAAGCCAUGACUGUGGACUUUCCUGAGCAUGCUGGCUGGAAAGGUGUAGUCUCAGAGAUGGAAAUAGUGUCUGCUGAUGAUGCCUCAGGCGUAUUGACUGGAAACAACAGUUUCCAUAUUGGAGACAAUGUGAGAGUGAAAUCCACAGUCGUGACUCCUAAACACCAAUGGGGAGGCGCCACUCACAAAAGUGUUGGUGUAGUUACAGAUAUUAAGGAAGACACUGUGGUUGUGGAUUUCCCUGAAUGUAAAGGCUGGAAGGGCAUCAUCUCAGAAAUGGAGCUACUAUCCAGCAAAGACACUGAAGGAUGCUUCAGAGUUGGAGACCGGGUCAGGGUGAAAGAUUCUGUUAGUACCCCGAAAAAUGGAUGGGGACGUGCCUCUCACAAGAGUGUUGGUGUGGUUACAGCUAUCAAUGGUAAAAGUAUAGCUGUAGAUUUUCCUGAGCAUCAGUCAUGGAAUGGUAUUGUUUCUGAAAUGGAACUGGCUCCGAGUGCUGAUUCAGAAUACUGUAAGUUCAAGCCUGGUGACAGAGUCCGAGUGAAAGCUUCAGUAAGAACUCCAAAAUACAACUGGGGAUCUGUCAGUCAUAAAAGUGUGGGCGCGAUCAAAGCUCUUGAUGGUGAAAAUAUGACUGUACAUUUCCCUGAGCAUAAAUCUUGGAAAGCUGCAGUUUCUGAAAUGGAACUGGCACCAUAAAACUGGUUAUGGUGCUAAUGGACUUCAAUCAGGUUUUGAAAGGUAUUUGAGAAUCACUGAGAAGUCUGCAAUAUCAUACUUUAGUUAUAAAUUAUUUUCUCUUUAAUCCAAAGCUCCAUUCAAGCUCUUCGAUUGAAUUGGGCUGUGGAGUAGAGUAAUGGAGGUUCGCCCAGUACUUUUGUCAUAGGUUGGAGUGGAGUUUGUGAUCCAGAACUAAUCAUCCAACAUCAGUAUCUGACCUGCACUAAUGGUCUUGCGCUAACAAAUUUGAGUUUGAUAAGAUCAACUUUCCCCAGCAGUACUAAUGUCAAGUAGUUUAUCUUUUUCCUUUUUCUGCAAAACAACAUUGCAUGUAUACACCAAUGUGUUAUUUUUCUCCAAAUUCUAUAAUAAUCAUAUUCAAAAUAUCCCCUGCUCUAGUUAAAAACACAGAAAGUACUGAUUGAAUAUUUAAAAUCUGCUCUAGUGACAGACAUCUUCCUUUGUUUCAGCAGGUUAAGAGUGACAAAUGAUUAUCUAAACAAAAUGUGAAAAUAUAUGAGUAUGCAUCAGUGAGGGUUAACAAACUUUUGCUAGUCUCAAAUGGUUUCUGGUCCAAUCAUCAGCCACAAAGGAACUCCAAAAAGAAGGGCAAUCUGAAGCUGGGUGGUCUACAAGUGUUAGAAUGUCUAUUUACAGACUGAAUAGUUACAGCCUUGAAAUAUUACGGGAUGGCAAAGACCCAAAUGCAGAGAGGAAAACCUGUGAGAAAGGGUUUUAAAUGAAUGUACAAAGUGAUGGAGUGUGAAUGGAGUGAUUCUGGCUCAGAGCCAGGCUCGAACAGCCAAUGUACUAAAUUACUGCUGCAGGAAAGGACAGACAAAGGGAAUGCAGAAAACAAUGAACUCAAACAAAGGCUGAGAUAGAAAAGUAAAAUAAAAGAUAACCAGAAAACAAAAAACACUUCCUCUGUAAUUAUGAGAGAAAGAUCAGUUGUUUCAUCUGUUUUUUAGUUUUGUGUGGCUUGGAGUCAUUCCUUGUUUAAGCCUUCUUUUUGUUUUGGGGCAAUUUAUUCUUUUUUAUUCCUCUUUUUCCCCCUUUCCUUUCCUGUUUAAAUAUCCACCUGGGCUAAGUACCAUACCGGUCACCCCUCUACAAAUGUGUGACAAAGGGCUAUUGUUUGCCAAGGUCUUAAGUAGAGGAGUCCACAGGUGUGGACUCUGGGAAUUGGAGUCGCCUGAACCAGUGGUGCUUUGUCGCCAUCGCCCUCUGCUGCCAUGCAAUGAUUUAUCACAAACAACAGUUACACCAAUUUUUAAAAAUGUAUGUAUAAUUCAAUUGAGAUGUAAAAUGGACAGUGUUUCCCCUUCAAUUAUGAAGAUGAAGAUGAUUAGCUGGUGAAAAUUAUUUUCAAUCAACCUGAAGUCAAACAUUUAUCUUACAGAUGAGAGUUUACUUAUUAACAUAUCCUUUGAUUUCAUCAUAUUGGUUGUAAUUGUUAUCAUUUCACUUAGAUCACUCUAGUCUCUCUUUCCAGGGAUUUUCUUAUCUUCCUAUGUAAUGAUAAAAAUCUGACUAUAAUUAAAAGUGAACAUAAAUAAAGAUUAUUAUUGUU